AUGGCUCAUUGGUCCACCGACAACGUUCCCGCACACGCACUUCGUACUGGCCCGGGCCCGGCCACUGUACGAGUGCCGUUUGGUCCCGCUCCUUCAUCUUCGGCGGCGCAAUAUAUUCGUAUAUUGGCUGCGGAACAUACAUGUCCACAUCAUCGUCCGUCACUAGACGAAUCCGCGACAUCUGCGUUGUUUUGCCUACGCUUCUGCGAACUGCUCGCAACCAAAGUAUACUUUGUAGUCUCUUGUGAUGUUCAAUAUAAAUGCAGUAGUGUUUCUACAGCUCUAUCUCCCUAUGUGGGCUACGGAACGUGA